GGAAGUGUGGGAGUUGUGGGAGUGUGGAAAGGCAGAACCUCUCCAGAUGUCGUCCAAUAAUGACCCCGUCAUAAUCCCAAUGACACAAAGAAGCACCAGUGUCCCUCCUGGAACGAGCACAAGUGACCUGAAGACAUGUACUGAAGGGGCUGUGUUAAGUUUUCAUAACCUCAGCUAUCGAGAAAAAUGGCAAACUGGCUUUCCACUUCGACGAAAAACAUUUGAGAAAGAAAUUCUGUCAAAUGUCAAUGGUCUCAUGAAACCUGGCCUCAAUGCCAUUAUGGGACCUGAAGAUGGAAGCAGGUCCUUGUGAGUAUGACAGGAAAUAUAUGUAAAAUGUAUGUAAACCUUUAGUGUCCAGUUUGUGUGCUUUAAAAAA